GGGGCCUGGGGGUGUUAAGGGGUGUCGGGGGGCUCCACGGGGUCCUGGGGGGCUCAGGAGGACCAUGUUCGACUGCCUGGAGGCGGUGGCGGCGGCACCGCGGCGGCUCCACGACGUGACCAACCGGGGGGGCUGCGCCCUCCGCAGGGUCCUAGUGCCCGCGGGCUGCGGGACCCCCGCCCGCAGAGCCCUGGAGGCCCCCCCCGGGCGGGUUUUGGGGGACACGGGCCCCCCCUCGCCGCCACCUCCCCCCCGCGUGUACAAACCGUGCUUCGUGUGCAGCGACAAGAGCUCGGGGUAUCACUACGGGGUCAGCUCCUGCGAGGGCUGCAAGGGGUUUUUCCGACGCAGCAUUCAGAAGAACAUGGUGUACACGUGUCCCCGGGAGCGGAACUGCCCCAUCGACAAAGUGACACGGAACCGCUGCCAGUUCUGCCGCCUCCAGAAGUGCCUCCGGGUCGGGAUGUCCAAGGAAGCCGUGAGGCACGACCGGAACAAGCGGAAGAAGGAGGUGAAGGAGGAUUUUGGGGGAGACGAGUUGAGCCCUGAGUUGGCCGAGCUGGUGCGGAGGGUGAGCAGAGCCCACCAGGAGACCUUCCCCUCCCUGUGCCAGCUGGGCAAGUACACCACGAACUCGAGCGCAGACCACCGUGUGCAGCUGGACCUGGGGCUGUGGGACAAGUUCAGUGAACUGGCCACCAAGUGCAUCAUCAAGAUCGUGGAGUUCGCGAAGCGGCUCCCGGGGUUCACAGGGCUCAGCAUGGCCGACCAGAUCACCCUGCUCAAGGCUGCCUGCCUCGACAUCCUGAUGCUGCGGAUCUGUACCCGGUACACCCCCGAGCAGGACACGAUGACGUUCUCGGACGGGCUCACCCUGACCAGGACCCAGAUGCACAACGCAGGGUUUGGGCCCCUCACUGACCUUGUGUUCGCCUUUGCGGGGCAGCUCCUGCCCCUGCAGCUUGACGACACUGAGACGGGGCUGCUUAGUGCCAUCUGCCUCAUCUGCGGAGACCGGAUGGAGCUGGAGCAGCCCCGGCGCGUGGAGCGGCUGCAGGAGCCGCUGCUUGAGGCUCUCUGGGUCUACGCACGGCGGCGGCGGCCACGGCAACCGCAGCGAUUCCCCCGAAUGCUGCUCAAAAUCACCGACCUGCGUGGCAUCAGCACCAAGGGUGAGACCCCCGGGACCCCCCCAAACUGAUGCACCCUCCCUGAAAUGGGUACAGCCCCUCCCGACAGCCCAAAACCCCUGGGACCCCCUGAAAACCCACCCCAAUCCCAGUACUUCUGCGAAUGCUCAAAAAUCACCAAUCUGUCUGGCAUCAGCACCAAGGGUGAGACCCUCGGGACUCCCCAGACAGGAAUAGCCCCCAAAGGCCCCUCGGGACCCCUGUGAGCCCCUCUGACCCCAAAAUCUCCCAAACACCCCCCUCUCAACACCCCAAAAUCCUUCUUUGGGACCACCCCCAGCCUCAUUUUGGGGGGGGGGAUCUAAGGUCUUGGUGGGGCGGUUGUCCAAGGUUUUGGGGGGUCCAAGGUUUUGCAGGAAGGGGAGUUGAAACUCUCAGGGGGGGUUCAAAGUUUUUGGGGAGGUUAAAGGUCUUGGGGGGGGUUGAAG